AUGAAUAAUCAACAGUACUUCCUAUCUAUGUCUAAAAUUAAUAAUCAAAAAAAACAGCUUUAUCCAUAAAACAUAACAUAAAUACAACUUAUGUCUACAACAAUAAGAGAUAAUGAAACUUAUUCAAAAUGUGCAUAUGAAAAUUGUGUCAGAUUCAACCACCUAAACUUUGUAAGGCCAAAAUCCAAAGAUAUAUGA